AUGGCUUCCUUAUCGGCAGCUUGUCCCCACUGGAUGGAAACCACACACGUAGAUUCAAGCCAAAAUCGAGGCUUGAUACCAUCCGUGGUUUUAUUUGCUAUCGAGAAAUUCUUCGCUAUUGCCAGCUUAGCCGCCAUAUUGGCUUGCGCCUGCGCUGACGUCUCUGAGCUAUCUGGUUAUCACUACCACCCGCAUCACUAUAGUGCUCCAUCCCAUUCGUACAUUCCACCGGCAGCUACUGCUCCUGAACCAGUCUUCGCUCCUGCGCCUGCUCCAGCACCAGUUUACCAGCCAGCUCCUGCAGCCGCUGCUCCAGCUCCAGUAUACUACCAACCAGCUCCAGCUGCUUCCCAAAUCUACGAGCAGCCCGCUGAGGAUGGUUACAGAUACCGUACCGUGCGUCGUCGUGUCUACAGACAACGUCGCUUGUAA